GUUCACGCUCGGAAGCACUGGCGUGCCCCUGUCAAGUCCAGAAGCCUCUCCCGUUCCCCUAGCCAGGACCGACUGCCCCUCAAGAGUCCCCAGGGGCAGAGGGAGGCCGCUGAGCCCCAAGCUGGCGGAACGUGGGUGUCUCGGGUAGGGAGCGACACCUCCCUUUAUACCUGGCGAGGCCCCCAGAACCCACCAAUCUCACUGGAGACUAAGGGGCAGAGCCCCACGGCGGGGCCUUGGCAAACCCCACUGCCAGUGAGGGUCUCUGGUCCCCGCCUCUCAGGCAGGGCGGGGGGAGGGCCUGGCCUUCCUUCCCGGCAGCCCCCGCAGCCCCCUCAGGACGGUGGGGUCGAGGAGGGAGGAGGAAGCAGGACGCAGGGCCAGAGGCCCGCAAAGGGACCCUCGCUCGGCCGGGAGCUGCUCUCGGCCCCUCCCCCACACCAGACCCAGACGGAACCCCCUGCCGGUGAGUGGGAGAUGGUCCCGCCUCCAGGGAACCCUCGCCUGCGUCACAAAGGAGGCCCGGAAGCCUCAGUGGAACCCCACCUGAAGCCACUGCUCUCCGGCCCUGGGAGCCCUCCCACCUGGCCCCAGCUCACGGGAGCUCUAGGCCAGCCCGACCCAGCCUUCUGAGACCUGCCCCUGGGACGCGGCCGCCCCCGAGGGACCUGAAGCCCUCAAUAUGAAAGUCUGUGUGCACUUUUCUGCCAAACCGAGUUCCUGGAAGCGAGCGGCACAGAAGGAGAGGACGCAUUCGCUAGUUCUGACCUAAGACAAAAGCCAUUGGAGAGGCCGGAGCCACAGACCCUAGGCCAAGGCGCGGACCCGUCCAGCCGAACCCGUUCCUUCGUUCAUCGUUCAGCAGACAGACUUGGCGAUGGGGAAGCCCGAGAGCCCGGUAGGGAUGGUGGAGAUUGCCGGCUGGUCCGGACAGAAGCGCCCGGGCCUCCUGGAGGGGGGGCUGCUGCUGCUGCUGCUGCUGCUGAGUGUCGCCCUGGUGGCCCUGGGCCUCCUCUACGCCGCCCGCGGCGGAGGGAGGCAGCCCCCGGCCUUUCGUAGCCGGCUGUGCUUCUCAGAGGACGAGAAGACCCUUGUAAAACGAAAACCCCGAGCCGUCCAACGGCCCCCGGUGAUGGGUGAAAUCUGCACCACCCCUGGCUGCGUGAUAGCAGCCGCCAGGAUCCUCCGGAACAUGGACCCGUCCGGGGAACCGUGUGACGACUUCUACCAGUACGCGUGCGGAGGCUGGCUGCAGCAUCACGUGAUCCCCGAGACCAACUCCCGGUACAGCGUCUUUGACGUCCUUCGAGACGAGCUGGAGAUCAUCCUCAAAGGAGUGCUGGAGAAUUCCACCGCCAAGGACAGGCCGGCUGUGCAGAAAGCCAAAAUGCUGUACCGCUCCUGCAUGAACGAGAGCGUGAUAGAAAAACGAGACUCGCAGCCCCUGCUGAACAUCUUGGAUCUGAUGGGCGGCUGGCCGGUGGCCAUGGACAAGUGGAACGAGGGCGUAGGCCCCAAGUGGGAACUGGAGCAGCAGCUGGCCCUGAUGAACGCGCAGUUCAACAGGCGCGUCCUCAUCGACCUGUUCAUCUGGAACGACGACCAGAACUCCAGCCGGCACAUCAUCUACGUACGAGCCGCGCCGGGGGGCCGGGACCAGCCCACCUUGGGCAUGCCGUCCCGAGAAUACUAUUUCGACGAAGGCAACAACCACAAGGUGCGGGAAGCAUACCUGCAGUUCAUGGUGUCGGUGGCCGCGAUGCUGCGGGCGGACAUGAACCUCCCCGAGAACGGCUACCUGGUGCGGGAGGACAUGGCGCAGGUGCUGGAGCUCGAGACGCAGCUGGCAAACGCCACGGCCCCGCAGGAGGAGAGGCAUGACGUCACCAGUCUGUACCACAGGAUGGGCCUGGAGGAGCUCCAGAACAAGUUUGGCCUCAAGGGGUUUAACUGGACCCUCUUCAUACAAUCUGUGCUGUCCUCUGUCAAAAUCAAACUGCUGCCAGAUGAGGAAGUCGUGGUGUAUGGCAUCCCCUACCUCCGGAACCUUGAAGACAUCAUCGAUGUCUACUCAGCCAGGACCAUGCAGAACUACCUGGCCUGGCGCCUGGUGCUGGACCGCAUUAGUAGCCUGAGCCAGCGAUUCAAGGAUGCGCGAGCUAACUACCGUAAGGUGCUCUACGGCACGACCGUGGAGGAGGUGCGCUGGCGAGAAUGUGUCAGCUACGUCAACAGCAACAUGGAGAGCGCCGUGGGCUCCCUCUACGUCAGGGAGGCCUUUCCCAGAGACAGCAAGGAUGCGGUCAGAGAGCUCAUUGACAAGGUGCGGGCGGUAUUCGUGGAGACCCUGGAUGAGCUGGGCUGGAUGGACGAGGCAUCCAAGAAGAAGGCCCAGGAGAAGGCCAUGAGCAUCCGGGAGCAGAUCGGGUACCCAGACUACAUCCUGGAGGAGAGGAACAAGCACCUGGACGAGGAGUAUUCCAACCUGAACUUCUCGGAGGACCAGUACUUUGAAAAUGGUCUUCAGAACCUCAAGGCUGGUGCCCAGCGGAGCCUCAAGAAGCUUCGGGAGAAAGUGGACCAGAACCUCUGGAUCAUCGGGGCGGCCGUGGUUAAUGCAUUCUACUCCCCAAACCGAAACCAGAUAGUAUUCCCCGCUGGGAUCCUGCAGCCCCCCUUCUUCAGCAAGGAGCAGCCACAGGCCUUGAACUUCGGGGGCAUUGGGAUGGUGAUCGGGCAUGAGAUCACUCACGGCUUUGACGACAACGGCCGGAACUUCGACAAGAACGGCAACAUGCUCGAUUGGUGGACCAACUUCUCAGCACAGCACUUCCAGGAGCAGUCGGAGUGCAUGGUCCACCAGUACGGGAACUACUCCUGGGACCUGGCCGACCACCAAAACGUGAACGGGUUCAGCACCCUCGGGGAAAACAUCGCUGACAACGGAGGAGUGCGGCAGGCAUAUAAGGCUUACCUAAAGUGGAUGGCAGACGGGGGCAAGGACAAGCAGCUGCCGGGACUGGAACUGACCUACGACCAGCUUUUCUUCAUCAACUAUGCCCAGGUGUGGUGCGGGUCUUACCGGCCUGAGUUCGCCGUACAGUCUAUCAAGACCGACGUCCACAGCCCCCUGAAGUACAGGGUGCUGGGCUCGCUGCAGAACCUGGCGGCUUUCGCGGACGCCUUCCACUGUGCCCAGGGCACCCCCAUGCACCCGCGGGAGCGAUGCCGCGUCUGGUAGCCGUCGCCGGCCGCACUGUGGCCACGCCCACCCGCCGCGGGAGGCCAGGCGGCCCUCGCACGUGCAGCUGGAGCCGCGGGCAAGGCCAAGGCGCACACACGGCCGGCCCCGCGCGGGGCCUGGAGCGCAGCCGCGGCCCCAGCACCCAGGGCAAGCGGUGACUGCCCGGCGCCCUCCGUGCCUGCGGUGAGGGGCACGGUGCCCCAGCCCUGUAGACGCGUUUACCUGUCUGCACCCUCUCCAAACAUCCCAGUCAGCUGUCCAUGAGCUUCAGACUUGAGCUAAGUAAACGCUUCAAAGAA